CCCCUCUCUGCGUGGGCGGAAUUUUGGGUUUUGCUUCGAUAAGCUACUAAAAAGCUGACAGGAACCAUCCAAAAACAACCUUUGUCCCAUCUCUCGCUGGUGAGAAAAAAGUUAUUUCACUUUACCAUCUUCUGUCCUUAUCAAGAUUUCUUCUAAUUUACCUGUAUUCUUCUGUUUUCUUUCCCCAGCAAACAUCAAAAAAACCACCACCUCUCUCCUCAGUAACAACAUCACCACCCACACGCAUACUUAAUGGCUUUCAAGCUUUCCACCAAGCACCUUGCCGAUAUCGGCGCCCAGACUGAAAAGUCCAUCCGCAUCCCUAGCUACGAUCGCAAUGACGUGAAGGAGGGCAUCGUCCACGUCGGCGUGGGCGGCUUCCACCGCGCCCACUUGGCCGUCUACGUCGACAAGCUGAUGCAGAGCCACGGCGUGCGCGACUAUGCCAUCUGCGGCGUUGGUCUCCAGCCCGCCGACGCCUCCAUGCGCGACGUCCUCGCCUCGCAGGACCACAUGUACACCGUCAUCGAGCGCUCCGCCGCCGGCAGCACCGCCCACGUCGUCGGCAGCAUCCGCAACUUCCUCUUCGCCCCCGACGACCGCGAGGCCGUUAUCGCAAAGAUGGCACACCCAGACACCCACAUCGUCUCGCUUACCAUCACCGAGAGCGGCUACUACUACAACGAGAACACUCACGAGCUGCAGUCUGAGCACCCGGACAUCCAGCACGACCUCGACCCGGCCAACGCCGCCAAGCCCAAGACCACCUUUGGCUUUUUGUACGCCGCCAUGGUGAGGAGGCGGGAGCAGGGCCUCAAGCCCUUCACGGUGCUCUCGUGCGACAACAUGCUCAAGAACGGCUCCAUCACGAGGAACAUGCUGCAGAGCUUCGCCAAGCUCAAGGACCCCUCGAUGGCCGACUGGAUCGCCCAGUACGGCGGCUUCCCCAACGCCAUGGUGGACCGCAUCACCCCGAGGACCUCGGACCCGGACAUCAAGGAGCUGGCCGACAAGUUCAAGAUUGACGACGCCUGGCCCGUCGUCACCGAGCCCUUUAUGCAGUGGGUCGUCGAGGACAAGUUCGCCGACGGCCGGCCGCCCUUUGACCUGGUCGGUGUCCAGGUCGUCAAGGACGUCAAGGACGUCGAGCAGUUUGAGAAGCACAAGCUCCGCCUGCUCAACGCCAGCCACUCGGCCAUGGGCUACCCUGGCCAGCUGGCCGGGUUCAAGUACGUGCACGAGGUCAUGGAGCACCCGCUCUACCGCAAGUUCAUCUGGCAGAUGAUGCAGGAGGAGGUCAAGCCCCUGCUGCCCGAGAUCCCUGGAGUCGACAUUGACGCCUACUGCAACACUCUGAUGGAGCGCUUCUCCAACCCUACCAUCAUGGACCAGCUCCCCCGCAUCGCACUCAACUCCUCGGGCAAGAUGCCGCAGUUCGUCAUGCCCUCCAUCGCCGAGGCCAUCUGGGUGACGGGCCCCUUCCGCAGGCUCGUCUUUGUCGCCGCCUGCUGGUUCCGCUACGUGCUCGGCGUCGACGACAAGGGCAACAAGUUCGAGGUCGACGACCCCAUGCGCGAGGAGCUGCAGUCCAAGGCCCAGGCUGGAGGCACCAAGCCUCACGAGAUCCUCAGCAUCAAGUCGCUCUUUGGUGACGACUUGCGCGGGGACGAGCGCUUCCUCAAGGAGGUCACGCAAGCCAUGGAGGACAUUGCGCGCGACGGCGUCAUGGCCACCAUGCCCAAGUUUGUCAACGAUGCCUAGGUGAUUCAAGUCUAUCUUUGGUACAAUGAUGUAUUUUCCUUUGUUGUUGCUACUUUUUGGAUGAUGAUUUAUGUUUGAGCGUUACCUAAGGUAUGGUUGUUAGACAAGAUAGAAUGGCUGUGGCCGGGUAAGAAAAAAAGAAGCGUUGUAAUUCAGGAUAUUUGUCCAAAUGAUGCUGUUACGGUAUGUUCGAUAUGUCUGCUGCAAGAAAAAGCCUAUUACUGUAAUCCAAUCCCAUGGCCGUUGAUCACCCAAAUCACCACCUCACGCAAUCCCUCAAUUCUGC